UGGCAGCCACCUGUCUCGUCAAGGUUUGGUCAGGCUAGAAAUAGAUCUAAGGAUGGAAAGAGGGGAUAGGCUUGGAGGAACCACAAGUAUUUGUUGCUAAGGAGCAAAAAAGAGGAAGAAAGCAAGAGGCCUGGCCUCUGGAUAUGGCCUUGAAGUAAAGUGUUCUGGGGGAGCAGGGGUGCUGGGUACCACUGACUCUAUCCCUCCUUGGAGUUCAAAGGGAUCUUUGCUGCCUGCUGUCCUACAGGAUGAAUCCAGCUGUGGAAGCUAGGGAGUAACACAAAUGGUUUCACAUCCUUUGGUGGAGGGCGGUGAAAGGAGGAACAGUGUUUGCAUCCGCUGAACAUUUGAAAUCAUAGACUUCCUGGGCUGAUUAGAAUAUUUCUGAGCAAAUCUCAAUUUUAUGUCUCUUCCUUAAUCGCCCCAUACCACUCUUCCCUUUCAACAUUAGCUCCCACUUCCUCAGGGUCCUUCUUCUCAGCCCACCCUACCCCCAAGUUCUUUCAAAUUUCUGUUUCCACGGUGCGUGUUGGUAAGGGGCCGUCUUGAAUAAUCGCCAGUGGUUUUUCUCCACACUGCUGGUGCCACUGAGGAUUCAGCACCAGGCUGAGGAGGACCAAGGGCUGAGAUUUUGCAGCUGGUUUUGUGAGUCACUAUGCACUCUGAGAGAGCACCCACCCACUGGAGGCAGCUUAGCUUGUGGGAACCCAACUGGAGGGACUGAGGCUUUCUCAGUGGCCUUGUCAGUGUGCACAGCAGAAGUGAACAGCCUUGAGUUGAGGAAAUUGUGGCUGGACAGGCAGGGAGGUAGUUCUGCUGUGUCCUGCUGGCUGUUAGCUGCAGAGUCUAGACAUCAGAGCACCUGGAGGAGACAGGGGCCCCUUAGCCUGCUCUGUUCUGUGGGGAUGUUGCAGCAAACUGUCCUGUUGUCACUCUUCCUGCUCCUCAGAGCUCAUCAGGGCCAAGGUUGUGCAGGUUCUUCUGAAGAAGUGCUUGGUGUCUCAGGAAAGCCUGUCCGGCUGCGGCCUUCCAACAUACAAACAAAACAUGUUUCUAUUGAAUGGAAGAAGAAGACAGGACAUCAACAAACUUCCCACAUCGUGACUUGGAACACUUUGGAUCCCGAAAGCCCAGUUGUGUGUUGUAGUGAUAUCUAUGGUUUUGAGUCUGAGAAUUUUGCUCUUAGUAUCAAGUCAGCUAAGCUAAAUGACAGUGGUCACUACCUGCUGGAGAUCACCGACCAAGGAGGAAUAGUGUGCACUAAAAACUUCCAGAUUCUUAUAUUUGAUCCUGUUGAGACACCUCACCUGACUGUCCAGGGGUCGCUCUGGGCUAACGGGACUUGUCAACUGUCUUUGUCCUGCUUUGUGCCCAAGGAUGACAAUGUGAGCUAUGCUUUGUACAGAGGGAGCAUGCUGAUCUCGAAUCAAAGGAAUGGCACCCACUGGGAGAACUGGACUGAUGCCAGCAGCCUGCACACAUAUACCUGCAAUGUUAGCAACAAGGCCAGCUGGGCAAACCACACCCUGACCUCCCCGCAGAGCUGUCAGAGUGUCCCUUCGAAAUUCAAUUAUCUGCCCUUUGUGGUAUCCAUCGGUAUCCUCGUUACCUUUCUUCUUGGGGCCAUCGCUUGCUUCUGUGUGUGGAAUAGGAAGAGAAAGCAGUCACAGUCCAUCGCUAAGGAAUCUUUGACCAUAUAUGAAUACGUCAAGAACGCACAAGUCAGCAGGGACCAACAAGGACAUUUUAGGGCCUCUGGAUCUUCCUCAGAUGUUCGGGGAGAUGAGAGGGAACAAAGAGAAUCGGACAGACGUCUUUUCCAGAUGGCAGAGCAGAAAUCCCCUGAAGAUGGAGGCGCCAUGUACUCUAAGGUCCAGUGUAAGCCUUCUGCUUCCACAUCACAAGAAAAAUGUACAAUAUAUUCAGUAGUUGAACCUUCCAGGAAGUCUGGAUCCAAGAAGAGGAACCAGAACCCUUCCUUAAAUUGCACCGUGUAUGAAGAGAUUGGAAAGCAAUGGGUCAAACCUCAGAACCCUGCCAGGCUGAGCCGCAGAGAGCUGGAGAACUUCGAAGCUUAUUUCUAGCUGUUGGAAGUGGUCUCAUCCUGUGUUACACAUCAGCAUUGACUUUGGAAGGGAGAGCAUCAAAUGAUGAUGAAUCUGUCUGUGUCUGUGGACCAGCUUCUAGGCUGGAGAGGAUGCCGUUAAUUCGUGGUUUUAUUUUAUUAUUUUUCUUUUUAGAUAGGAUCUGACAUAGCUCAGCAUGACCUGAAUUUGCUAAGUAGCCAAGGACGACCUUAAACUUUUGAUCCUUCUGCCUAUGCUUCCCAAGUUUUGGAAUCACAGGCAUGUACCACUGUAGAUGGCUUGGAAACAAUUUCUAAUAGCCACUGUAUGAUCAAGUUUGUUAAAAAAAAGUCCCCCAAACUUAUAGAUCAGAUAGGAAUGGGUAGAGAGGUUGUAUUGGCCACAUUCUGAGCCGUUAUAACCUAUGAUUUAUGUUUUAUUUUAUUUUAUUAUCAAUUGUAUAAUUUAAAAUUAUACACCACUGUAUAAAUGUGAAGUAGAUUUC